AUGAUAGGCGUAGUAUCCGACAGCAACAAGGGUAGACGCGAUGACAAUGAUGACGAGAAGGAUGAGGAAGAUAGAUGCGAGAGUCUUUUGGCGAUUACAACGUUGAAAACUGAACUGUGGCUGAAUAAUAUCAAGGUUGGUUCAAUUGCUGCAGCUGGAACAUGGAUUCAGGAAACUGGUCUCAUUGGAGCGAUGAAGUGCAUCCAAAAAACCGAUUCUGCGAAGAUUCCGGAAUUGAAUCCAGUGGCCAAGAGUCUUUCUUCCCUGAACUCACAGAGCCCACUCGUGGAAUCGACGGCAAAACAAGUCAAAUCCCUUGAAAAUCUUGUGACCGAAUGGAACAAAAUCGCGGCAACUCUUCCGAAAGUGGUUCGAUUGAAGCGCUCUUCUCCAGACUUCACAUAUGCCAAAACAGCUGCGAAAGAUCUCGGUGACGCCUCUUCAGUGAUUGGAAAGAUGAGUGAUUCGUUGAAAAUGAAGGAUGAUCUUAUGAAGUUGAUCGAAGGAAGUUCCACGAUCGAUUCGGCAAUUGAUGGGAUCACGGAUUCGACGAAAAAUGAUCAGUUGAAGAAGAUGUGGAAUCAGGAGUCAAUCAGUGCGCUCAAGGAGAAUCUGGAGACGGCGAAGAAGGUUUCUGAUGAGGUUGCGAAGAUGGAAGACGUCAAGAAUAUCUCCGACUUCAAAAUUCCAUUCGAACUGGCUGCCGGUGUCAAAGAAUCCCAAAUCGACUUCAAGGAUCUGGCCGAUUCGUUGGAUGGAAAGAUCAGCGAUCAGAACUUGGCUACAAGUCUGAAAUCAUUGGGACCAAUCGAUUUGAGAUUUGCCGGUUACGAGAAGUCAAAGAUUGGAAAGGUUCUUGAAGAGCUCGAAUCAUACUUCGAUUCAAUCUUCGCUGUGAAGCCAGAAGUUUUGCCGCAAAAAGAUACUGAUCCAUGCGCCACAAAAGAUUGCAACGCUGCACCGACAACCGAAGCAUCGUCUUCAUCGACGACAUGGUUGGUCAUUGGAGGCGUCGUUGCUCUUGCCUUUGUGAUAGCUUUGGUCUUUUGCUAUUUCUGCCGUGCAAAAAUUCCGCUUUUCAAUAAGAAGAAGCCAGAUGAUUCGAAAGAGAAGAAGGGUGGAAAACCUGAUCGGAAAAAGCGGACUUCCUCGAAGAAAUCGAAGAACUCAACAGUCUCAAAAAACUCGACGGUCUCCACGAACUCAAAGGGAUCGAAGAGUUCUGAGAUCUCGGGAGAUCCAAAGAAUAAACCGACGACGGUUAAGAUUCCGAAGAAAUCGGGGGAGAAAGGAAAGAAAAAAGGAAAGGCAAUCGAUGAAGAAGUUGCGGAUCCUGCUGCCAAGUUGAGGCCAAUAAAGUCUGUCGGAAAAGAAGCAAAUUAUGAAGCGCACGCAGAUGACAAAGGAGUGAGGGUUUGUAUCAUCCAAAAAUCCAAAAAACAAAAGACGAAGAAGGUCAUUAAAAAGAAGGAGAAAGGGACGAAUAAAACACAGCCACAACCUUCUCUGGACGACCAAGAUGCACCAAAUUCAGCUCAGUAUGAGGGAUUGGAUGAUGUACUGGAGGAUUUUGAGGAUCAAACCGAAGAAAAGUGCGAUAAACGUACGCAUGAUUUAGCACAACUGGGUUGCCCGCCCCACCUUAUUAGAAAAGAGAAUCAGAGGCAGAGAGACAAUGUUAUUGAUCAUAAAAAUUUGAAUUUCCAUAAUAAAAAGAACGCCGAGAGAUGCCAAAACACGUCUUGCUGGCCUGCAGCAUCCUUUUUGAGAGACUUUGCCGACGAGAGUGAUGAGGAAAUUGAAAAGAAUGAUGAGGAUAUAGAUAAGUAUUUUGCCGACUUCCGAAAAAAGGAGACGAAAAUGAAGAACGACUUCUAUUACCUCAAUUGCACAAAUCCUGAACUCACACUGGACUGCAGUGCAGACAUGAUGAGUUUGGAGGAGAUUGAGGACGCUGUGAAUAGAAUUGAACAAAAAGCGCUUUCAACUGCAAGAGAUGUAUCUCAAAAGACUCUCGACAAAACUGCAGAGUCUAUCAUAUCCGAAUCUGCAUCAACAAAACAAAUUACUUCGAGCUCUUCACGAAAGAGAACUGGUUCGGAUAUUGAGACAACGAAUUCUUCACUUUCUUCCAUCGUAAAGCGAGAAACUGGUGUCUUCAAAUGGAAGCCGAAUUGUUUCUGGAAUUUGUUUAAACGGACUGGAAAGAGUAACGAUCACGAGGGCAUUGAGGAGGAAGAAACUGAAACUGAAAUCGAGAUACCCAAUUCUAACUAUUCCCAGAUUCCACCGACUCUUCUCGACCAACUUCCACUUGACCAUCCGAAUACCGUUUUUCAUCACAAUAGAAAUGGCUUGAUAUUGAUGAAGGAGCCGAACCAACCCACAGUUGUUAUUCAUAACAAACCAUACGACCCCCAAACACUCCGUGAUAUCGAGGAUUCUGAUUACGACAGUUAUGAAUAUACCAUCUGGACUGAUGACGAAGAAGCACUGGAUCCCAAGGAUGUUGUGGAACCAAAUCGUUGGUGGUGGAGAAGACUUUUGUGGAUCUAA